UGUUUUCGUUUCAGAUAUCCUAGAACUGCAAUCUGUCCAGGCAGUGCAGAAACAGCAGGACCAUGAUGAUGGAAAUGCAGUGCCAAGCGAUCUCAUACAUACAGUCAGAUACUGACACCGGAGGUACCAGCUGUGGAGGUGAUCUGAUGGAAGACGAUGAAAAGGACAGGACAAAGAGGGCUUCACGUAACAAAUCUGAGAAGAAGCGAAGAGACCAGUUCAAUGUACUCAUCAAGGAACUUAGUACAAUGCUCCAGGGCUCCAUACAUAAGAUGGACAAGUCCACUGUGCUGCAGAGGACAAUCGACUUCUUGCAGAAACAAAAAGGUUUGCAACUCUCUGCUCAAAUUGAUGCUUGUGAAAUCAGACAGGACUGGAAGCCUUCCUUCCUUAGCAAUGAAGAAUUCACCCAGUUGAUGCUAGAGGCAUUAGAUGGGUUUGUCAUAGCACUUAGUAUCGAUGGAAACAUUAUUUAUGCCUCCGACAGUGUUUCUUCCUUGCUUGGCCAUUUACCGUCAGACCUAGUGGACCAGAAUAUACUGAACUUCCUGCCAGAACAGCAGCAUGCGGAAGUAUUUAAGCUGCUCGCGAACCAAAUGCUGAUGACAGACCCGGUUACACAUGAUUACUCAAACAAUCAAAAUCACGUUGAAUUCUGUUGUCAUUUGUCAAGAGGCUCCUUAGAUUCAAAAGAUCCACCCAUCUAUGAAUAUGUCAAAUUUGUGGGGAAUUUUAAAUUUCACAACCUUGUGCCUCCAUCCUCCUGCAACGGGUUUGAAUCGGCUAUUUCACGGUCGUUUAGAUCUGCAAGGAAGGAACAAAUCUGCCUUGUGGCUACUGUACGUCUCGUUAUCCCGCAGUUUCUGAAGGAACUGUGCAAUGUUGAGGAGCCAUGCGAAGAAUUUACCUCACGGCAUAGCUUAGAAUGGAAGUUUCUGUUUCUAGACCACAGGGCUCCUCCCAUCAUCGGUUACCUUCCAUUCGAAGUAUUGGGAACAUCAGGCUAUGAUUACUACCACGUUGAUGACUUGGGACUUCUGGCAAGAUGCCAUGAACACUUAAUGCAGUGCGGGAAGGGCAAGUCUUGCUACUAUCGAUUCCUCACGAAGGGGCAACAGUGGAUUUGGCUACAGACCCAGUACUACAUCACCUUCCACCAGUGGAACUCCAAGCCUGAGUUCAUCGUCUGCACGCACACUGUGGUCAGCUACGCUGAAGUUCGUGCAGAGAGGCGACAAGAGCUGGGCCUCAAAGAAUCCACCACUGAAACCCUGACAACACCUGGCCUGAAGACUCAGAACUGUCACAUGGAUACCAGGCAUUGUGAAAGCAUCCAGGAAUUCUCCACCGAGCUCAGCCGCAGCCACCCUUGUUCGGUGUCAUCCCCAGGCUCGUUCAAGUCCUCUCCUGACGCUCUCUCUGACACUCAUUCAACGAUAUCCAAGACGCACACUGAGGCAAGUACACCAUCCAGAUCAUCAGUGAACACAAGUCUGCAGGACAAGUCUGUACAGAGACCGCACACAAUCAACACUCUGGCCUUGAUGACAGGGCAACCAUCGCCUGAAGCACCUCAGCAACUGUCUGUGCCUCCAACCAAAGGCUCCAUUCAACAGCCUCCUAUGGCCGUGUACCCGUGCCCUGUCCAGCAGGGGGUGAUGCACCAUCUGAAGGAGCAACUAGAGGAAAGGACUAGGAUCCUCCAGGCCAACAUUAAGACCCAGCAGGAGGAACUCCAUCAGAUUAAGGAGCAGCUCCAACUCGUGCAUGACUCCAAUCCCCAGGAAUCGGAACCAUCAAGUUUUAAUGUAUCGGAUCAUCAAGUUCAAGGGCAGCAGCCAGAUGUGACCAUGCAGAAUUCAUACCUGUCCAGCAAACAAAUGCAAGCACUCGUUGAAUCCGAUCUGCACGCUCAGCAGAUGUCCUCAUCCCCUCAGCAACUCCUCAGGGAACCAAGAGCAAAAUCAGUGCCGAUAAAGCAGCAGUUCGUGAAAGACGGGCAACUUCAGCGAGCCAGCGUACAAAUUCAAUCACCAACCAACCUGGUCGCACCGAUCUUCAGCAAUCCCAUGAUGUUUACCCAGGCUCCGAAAGGGACCUUCCCAGUUUCACUGCCUUCAGACACCAGCCGAAGCCACUCGUGUGCUGAUUAUGGACAUGACCGACAACUAAGAUUUUCUUUAAAUCAGCCCGUCCAUUCCAUAAUGCCAAAAAGAGGUGGAAAUGAACAGCCCUCCCAGAACAGCACGACAAAGCAACAGGCCAAAUAUCUUCAAGAACAGCAGAUGCUUACAGCGCUAGCCAUGCAGCCGAUCAGCUGCAGCACCGUCAUCUUGCCGUCUCCUGGAUCCAUGGCUCUCCAGUACCAGGGGUUCACUCAGCACCAGUCGACCUCCAUCUCACAGCAGCUUGCCCACCAUCCCAUGCCCCUCCAACAGCAACAUCACUACCUACAGCAGGUGCUGCCAAGUGGAAUAAUGCAAGGCAUCCAAUCGCAGCCACUUUCCCUGCCUUCAGCCCAACACAUGGAAUACCUCUCGCAACACCACUCCCGUGGCGUACAGAACAGCGCGGGUACACUCUCAGAAAUGUCCAACAUCCAGCUGCCGCGGUAACCACCAAUGUGCCAGCGGUGGAUUAUGAACAAGCGCUAGUUGGGCAGAGCGUGGCGAGUGACGCCUGGGGGAGGUGUUCGGUCAUUCAACAAGUGGCUCAUCUUUACCCUGUUCCAUUGGGGCAGCCGAUCCAUUUCUUGGAGACCGUCAUGGAAGGACUGCAAGCUCGUGGAAAACAGAAGCCGAGAUGGGUGACCAGGCUGGGGCAGUUGGGUUCCUUCUCUUGAGGGAUACCUUGGGAUUAUGCAGUGGAUUUAAUGCUCAGUUGUCAUUUUCACAGCAGAAGCCUGGAGUACAAAUCCCACCAGAACCCAACAGUUAGAAAACCUAACACGUUCUGCAACACUGCCACCUACAUGGACCCAAUUUGUAAGUGCAGGUUGUGAUCAAAUUUAUUAGCGAUCGGAGGAUGUGCUUCUCUUUAAACACAAGUCAUGAAAAUGACAAUUGGGAUUAAACUGGCACAACGUAAAACGAUCAGUAAAAGAACAUUACUGGUAAAACAACGACAAAAGUGACCUUGUUAAAAGCUGUGUUAACUGUGCAGUUAAUUUUGUCAGAUGCCAUGUUACAUCGUGUGCUUUUAGUCAACAUUUAUAGUUGCCCGGAAGUCAGAUGUGAUUCUGUGAAAUAGUCUGCUUUUACUUCACUCAUUCGUGUACAACUAGAAUUGCAAGGCAAAUGUACUGUAAAUACUACAUUAUCUAUAUUCUAAAUAAUGUUCCUAUUAUAUAUUUUAAAAGUAUUUAAAUCUGACUGCCAUUAAAUGAAAAUAUAUUUCUUCUCCUGUUUCUGAACCAAAUAUUUCACUGUGGAAUCCACUAAAAAACUGAAUGCAGUAAACCUCUCUGCUGGCAAUCUGUACACUGUGUGUAAUACUAGUUGAUGCAUUAUUAAUUUUUAAAUUCAGGUCUAGUGAUGAUUGAACAAGAGUCAAAUACUCCCUGGUUUCACAGCUGUUUUAUCUUCUCAGGAACUGACAAUCCAAAUGAUAUAUUAAAAUGCCUCAAUUGCUUUCAAACUUGGAAGAAAUAUAUAUAUAUAUAUAUAUUAUAUAUAAAAAUGUACACACAAAAACAUUAUGAGCAUUCAGAUCUUAAUAGGGAAAUUGAGGUUUAACUCAGUAGCCUGAGAGUUGAAUUUAACUGCGAGGACAAAUCCGAAUGCAUGUGAAUGUAUGUCAAGUAUUAUUUAGAUUGCUGCAGUACAAUUGACAUUCCUUCUCAAAUUUGUGACCAUGCAUUGGGAAUGUCAUCUGAUUAUUUUCAGUAAGGGCAUUAAUUGCACAGUGCUGACUUUCUCUUGCCUUCUGAGUUCGGGCCUCUUUCCAUGCUGUAUUUCUAAAUUAAAUGAACUGCAGAUUCAUCGGGAAUCUUGAGCACAAUGCACAAUGUGCUGGAGUUACUCAGAGGAUCAGGCAGUAUCUAUGGUGGGAAUAGAUAGAUGCCGUUUUGAGUCGGGGCCCUUCUUCAGACUGAUGGGGGCAGGAGGGAGAAAGAUGUCCCCCCCACUUCCCCACCCCUGUGCCUUAC